AUGUCAAAUUCGAGAGUUUAUGGUUCUAUAAGGGAGGCAGUACCUUUCGAUGAUGCACAAGAAGCUCUGGUACCUUUACUGUCAGAUUGGGAUUUAGAUGCUGCAGUGAUAAGUGCAUCUGAUCCCUACUUGGUACUUCAAGUUGAAAUAAAACCUAAUGAAGAAAAAGGAGAAAAUUGGUCUUCUGUUGAAACUACUAGUGAUGAAAUCCCUCAGAAAGAUGUUUUUGGUACAAUAGAAAUACCUAGAAAUCAAAUUACUGAAACUAAAAUUCAAAACCGUUUGCCUGGUUUAAUUAUGAAUAGAAUGGAAAAAACAUUAAAUAUAUUCCAACGUGCAUUUAAUUUAGGAGAAGAUCAAAUUUCUAGUUCUAAUGCUCAACAAUCUAGACCGCCAUUAAGUGAUGCCGAAUUUAGAAAAUAUUUAGAUUCAAUGGGAAAAAUAAAUCAAAUGAAAGAACUUAGAUUAGCAAUUUACUAUGGUGGAGUAGAACCUGGAUUAAGAAAAGUUGUUUGGAAGCAUAUCUUAAAUGUUUAUCCUAUUGGUAUGUCUGGAAAGGAAAGAAUUAAUUACAUAAAAAAUAAAUCUCGCGAAUAUGAAAUUUUAAAAGAAACUUGGCGCGAGAUGAUUCAAGAAGAACAAGUGAAUGAAGAAUUAGCUUAUGUUACAAGUAUGGUUCGAAAAGAUGUUUUAAGAACUGAUAGACAUCAUAAAUUUUAUGCCGGAAGUGAUGACAACCAAAAUAUUGCCUCUCUUUUUAACAUUUUAACAACAUAUGCUUUAAAUCAUCCAUCUGUAAGUUAUUGUCAGGGUAUGAGUGAUCUUGCGUCUCCUUUGUUAGUUACAAUGGGCGAUGAAUCUCAUGCUUAUAUAUGCUUUUGUGCUCUUAUGUCACGUGUUAAGCCAAAUUUCAUGUUAGACGGAAUUACUAUGACACUAAAAUUUCAGCAUUUGACAGAAGGAUUAAUCUAUUACGAUCCUGAUUUUUAUGCCUAUUUAAAAUUGCAUCAAGCUGAAGAUUUGUUAUUUUGUUAUCGUUGGCUUUUAUUGGAAAUGAAAAGAGAAUUCGCCUUUGAUGAUGCCUUGCACAUGUUAGAAGUACUGUGGAGUUCACUUCCAGCCACACCGCCAGAAAAGGAGCUUCCGCUUUAUGAUGUUAAAUUUACGGCGUAUAUAUCAGGACUCACACCACCGCUUUUUAGUCCUUUAUCAAAACCCCAAAGAGAAAAUCCUUAUACCAAAGUAUGUGCGUUGCGAAGACAAAGCUCAGCGUUGUCAUUAAAUUCAAGGAAAACUUUACCGAAUUCUCAGAGACAAAAUCAAAGUUUAGAUGAAACAAUAUUUGCCCGUCAAAAUCAACUUAGAAGGCAAAGAAAGGUAAAACCAUUUUCUAGUUUAGAUGAUAAUUGUGUUCAGUUACUCAACACGAUAUCGACAAGCACUUCUAGAUCAAUUUCUCCCAUGAAUGUUCAUUCUGAAUCCGAUGUGCUUAGUUUAAUGAAAAAACGCGUGAGUACUAUGAAAUUGACCACCAGAAACGGUGGCUUGUCCUCCAGUACUGGAAAUUUAGUAGAAACUAGCAAUAAAAGAAAUUUAUCCAAAAGAUUAGCGGAAGAUAAAAGUUUUAAUUCACUCUCCGAGACCGGUCAUGAUGAAAAUGAAUCAUCAAAAACAAACAAAGUGCAAAAAGGUCGAGUAGUUAAAAAUUUAAAUGAAUUUUUAAAUUUUACUACUUACAACAAAUCAAGAGUUAUUGGCAAUCGCCUUAAUCAAUCUCAAUGCAGAAGUAUUUCUGAGGGUGCUGUUAAUUUAGGACCGGAAAUCACUUUGACCAAGUCUAAAUUUGACGAGGUCGGAUCAGAUGCCGUUCAAUCUGAUAUGGAAAAUAUAUCAGAGAUUCAAACUUCAACCAGUCCGUCGUACACGUCUUCUACGAGUCCACAUACGUUUGAGAAUCACGGGAGCGAAGACAUGUCUCCUGAUGAUUUAGAUGAUUAUUAUCCUAUGACAACUUCCGUGACUAAAGAAUUAGCAUUAGAACUUCAAAAUUUAGAUAGGCAAGUAUUUGGGAAAAAAUUUGAUUCAAAAACUCAUGUACCCGCGCCAAAAAAAAGUCCGAAAAAUGAAGUUAAAACCAUGCUCGAGGCUGGCGAUCAUCAGGGUACCAAACUUGAACCGGAAGUUUUCGUUUGGGAAAAUCCUUUAAAAUGUGUUCCUACGCCAGAUGAGCAAGCAGAAUUGGAUUAUGAUGGCAGUUCACCGUCGGUGAGAGCUGCCGAAGGUCAUUUAACAAAUUCCGAAACGGAAAAACCGUUGGAAAAUAAAAGAAACGGUUGGAAUAGUUUUGAUAAGGUUGAAAGUAAUAAUCAAAAUAAACUUCCAACCACGGGUCAAGAAGCGGCCGAAGUGUCUAGCUUAUUAACGAGGGGUGCGAAUUCAAUAAAGGUUUCGGGCAUAUUAAACACUUUGAGAUCUGGAGCGAACGUGAGUCAGAUUCUCCGUUCUCCGAACAGACCUCAAUCCACUAACAUAUUGCCUAAACCCGAAGAAUUCGGCGAUGGAAAUCCAUUUUUAAUGUUUCUUUGUUUAACGUUAUUACGACAACAUAGAGAUUAUAUUAUUAGAAACGGAUUAGAUUAUAAUGAAAUGGCGAUGCAUUUUGAUAAGAUGGUACGUAAGCAUAACGUGACCAAAGUAUUAGACGAAGCGAGACAAUUGUUCGCAUCUUAUUUAAAGCAACAUUCCCUUCAAGACUUGGACAGUUCAAAACAAUUCGUCCGGACUUAA